GUUCAUGGAUGCCACCUCCCCCAGUUUCUGAAGCAGGUGAGUGGAGUUAGCGGCUGUGUUCUGCUUAUCCAGGUGCCAUUUACUUUAACCCUUUUGUCUGCCGACCGAUUUAAAGUAGUACACUACGCGAUAACUCUAUUCUCUUAUAUCUCCGUCAUCGCAUCAAUUCCAAUUUUUGAACCUCUUCCAAAUUGUAACGUGUUCACUGCAAUUAUCGAAACUCAUCAACAUUGGACUACUCCGUUUGACUGUAAUCGGCCGAGACUUUGUAUUCGUGGCCUUUCGCCCGUGACGACAAACAAACUUUACUUUUCAAACGGGCUCCCUAUCAAACGAUCCUCUUCAACAAAGUUGGGGCUGAACUCAUCAUCCCAAAAGUUCCCAAAAAAAAUGAUUUGCCUUUCCAAAGCAGACGAAUCUUUCUACCAGCGCUUGACUUGGAAUCAAGCUCCUUCUCCUCUGGCAGCCAUGAAUACCACGCGUCAGGAUCUCAAUGGCAUCUCCAACCUCCGCGAGCAUGUUGAUGCUGGGCAGGAUGACGGAAGUGGAGGCACGAGUGGAAGUCUAUUGAAUUCACACGAUGAAAGUAAUCAAGCGGGGAGUCAUCCUACGGAGCCCUUCCUGGGCUCUGAAAAGGAUGCGGGACGACUGUCCCGUAUCUCGGGACUGUCCUCGUAUCUCAAGACGGUAGAUGGUGGUGAUGACCAAAUCCGUCUUCAUCGAGGCACCCUCUCGUCAUGUGCCUCGCACAUCUGGAGCUGGACCGUCUGGGUCCUCUCUGUUCUUGUUGUCUCGACGAUCAUCUCAUCCUGGAACUCCCCUGCCUCUGCGCCUGCUGCCAUGACUUCAACCCCCAAGGCCCAUGAGUCGAUUCCUGUUCAGGUCUCGCCUCUCCGCAAGCGAAGCACCUGCGAAACUGGAGGUGUCAACAAGGCUGAAUACAACACUCCUCUCCAUGUUGGAGCCUUGUUCAUCAUCCUGUGCGUUUCGACGCUUGCUUGCGCUUUCCCUAUCAUGGCUACCAAGUUCCCAGGUCUGAGGAUUCCGACUCGUUUCUUCUUUGCUGUACGCCAUUUCGGCACUGGUGUGCUGAUUGCUACGGCUUUUGUCCAUUUGCUCCCCACUGCUUUCAUCUCUCUCGGGGACCCUUGCCUGAGCAGCUUCUGGAACCAGGACUACCCUGCCAUGCCUGGUGCUAUUGCUCUUGCUGCCAUUUUCCUUGUCACUGUUAUUGAGAUGGUCUUUCACCCAUCUCGCCAUGUUUCACCUGCUGAGAUCACGUCUGGAACCGACAACGAUGCCAAGAAUGGCAACUCUAACAGUGGUGGGUGCAUGGGAGGCACAGGCAUGCUCCCCAUCCGGGAUAUGGGACCUCUUCGUGGACGAUCCUCCAGCAUUGGCCAGGGACUUUCUGUCUUGAACAGCAAAGAUGAACGAUUGGAGAAUCUGGAUGAAGAAGCUUGCGAAGAUGACGACAACGCCCAAUCUGGAAGAAAGAACCUCGAGGAGACGAGCCUCGAGGCUGUACAGAUGCCAAGCUUGACCCCAGAGCAGCAGCAACGUAAGGAGCUUCUCCAGUGCGUCUUGCUCGAGCUUGGUAUUCUCUUCCAUAGUGUCUUUAUCGGCAUGGCGCUCAGCGUUUCGAUUGGCAACGAAUUCAUUAUUCUACUCAUUGCCAUUAUCUUUCACCAAACCUUUGAAGGAUUGGCUCUAGGCUCUCGAAUCGCUUCCGUCAAGUGGCCUCAAGGCAAGAUGCAGCCUUGGUUCAUGGCCCUUGCCUAUGGAUGCACUACUCCUCUGGGGCAAGCUAUCGGCCUUGCUACCCACACACUCUACAGCCCCAACUCCGAAACUGGCCUCAUUGUUGUUGGUGUCAUGAAUGCCAUUUCAGCUGGGCUUCUCACCUUUGCCUCGCUGAUUGAGCUUCUUUCUCAAGACUUCCUCAGUGACGAGAGCUGGCGAUUCCUCCGCGGUCGUAAGCGUAUCUACGCUUGCCUUUUGGUGUUCUUCGGGGCUUUCUUCAUGAGUCUUGUGGGUGCUUGGGCCUAAUCGGCUUACUGGUCUACUCAAACCUGACUUGCGUGCUUGAUGCUUCAGGAAUGCCAUGUUAGGAUACGAUCAUUUGUGAUCAUGGCCCUUGCCGGUUGUAUGGCCGAAUUCUUGGUAACAUCAUCGAUCCUUUCUGCAUACAUCGGUUCAGGACCCUUCUUUUCUCUUCUUUUCUUGGCUGAUAGUGAUUGGUUUAUUGUAAAGCCGGAUACAUUAUCAUCUCUGCCAAGGUUCGCUUCUGUUCCAAUGACCGUGCUGCCCCUUUUACCCUACUAGAGUAAUAUCUAAGUAGGUUCGUGGAGUACAAACCACCCUCCUUAUAUGUAUGCUACAAAAGAAAAAACAAACAUCUUGGCUAUAUGCCAUAUUGUCUAGGCUGUCGGGAUUGUCUUGGAUUGAGCUUAAAAUACACACACUCAUUUGAACAAACCGCGAUGAUAAUUAUUCUCUCAAAAUAACAACACGACGUGACUCAAAACUGCAUCGUAAAAUUCGUAUUUGCGUGUUGACCAAGCUAUCAUGAGACAGUAUUCUUAUCAACAAUACCCCGAGCAAACUCUCCAAAAGUGAGGUGCUGCUUGAUAUCCACCUCUUCACCCAAGUUAGGCUGAGUAAACACCGCCAACGUGUUACGAGCGAUCUUUCCAUCACUAACACUAGCUCUUACGCCCCUGACAAAGUGAGGUACAGCCUUGAAGCGACCAGCAGUAAUACGCUCAAGAGCCUCACCAGUCUGAAAAGCGAUGCAAUCGCGAGGAAUCUUGACCUGAACUGUCUCGCCUGUACGAGACUUGAUGUACAGACCAGCUGAAGGAUCAGGGGAUGAGGGAAGCUCAUCAAGGGGUGGAAGAGAAGCGCCAUUCAAGUUUGUGACUUCCGGUACAGCAGGGCUUGUCUUGUGCUCGUCGAUAAACAUCGCUGAUGUAAGACCAGUUAAGCAUCCAUGGUCCAAAUGCGUAGCACACCAAUCAUCCUCAUCACCGCCAGUGGCAGCAGGGUCAUUUUCUUGAGGGUAAUAAUGCAGCAGACGGGCCUUGGUGGUGCUAGAAGUGCUGACAACGUGCUCUAGGUAUCCAGCUGGAUAACCUGGGAUAUCCUCUUGCGCAAAGCGAUCGCAAGCGCGCGCAACAAGGACAGCCACGUCAAUGAUGAGGCGGCAUAGCGAGGUGACAGAGGGCUUGAAGCCUGGAAGGACAUUCUCUGGUGGCCAUACAUUGGGGGCGAGAUAUUCGGGGAAUGUGUCGAUGGAGAAUUCUUCAGUUGGUUUGGCGCAUUCGAGAGAUGGGUCGAUGUAGAAUGCGCAGUUGGCGUAGUAUGAGCCCUUGAAGGUAUCGACUUGACCAUUUUUGAGAGUUUCUUUUCCGAGGGACCAGCCAGUUAGAUAUUUAGCUCUGGCGUUUUCAAGCUUCUCUUGACCUGUGUUAGUGAGGGUUGUUUACUAGUAUCAUGACAACUUACCAAGUUCUUCCUUGGGGAGGUUGCCGAGGUAUGAGGCGUAGGAGAGGGCUUGGUGUCUGAGUUCGGGGAAUUCUUUGGGAACGUCUUUUACGACGAGAAUUCCGAGAGAAUCAGGACCAAAGGCUUCUUUGAGGGUUUCAAAAGGAACGUUGCCUAUGAAUUGUUAGACUGUGCUGUUUUAUAGGGCGAGAGAGAUUCAUCAUGACAGCGGCGCUAUCAUGAAUCCAAGAGGUACGUACCAUCCUUGAGGUCCUGAAGAGACACAGAGACAGCUUGAGCUUGGGCAACCAUUUUGAAUGAGACACAACAAUCAAUGACUCAACUUAUACGACAGAUAAAAAAAAAUAAAUGGAGUCAGAGAAUUAUUCUCAUCUUUUAUUUCUUUUUCUCUUACAGAGGUUACCGUGAGUUGCGGGGG